CCGUGAGCUUUCAGGUGUCCACUGGCCAGAUAGAAGGGGAGGUGAGCAUCCACCGCUGCUCAGUCCCUUCGCAACGCACUUCGCGGCAACAUGUCGGUCUUGUGGCUCGUGCUUACAUUGCUCCCUAUCCUCGGGGGAGCGGAGCGUUUUAACUGCAAAGGACGGAUCCUGGGAGCAUACUACGCAGAUGCUAAAUCAGGCUGCAAAGCGUUCCAUGUGUGCGUGAGAGUGGCUGGCGGCGGUGUGCGCGAUUUCAGAUUCUUCUGUCCCCCCGGCACCUUGUUCCAUCAAGAAGCCCAAACGUGUACCGACUGGGGCGACGAUGACCCCCUAGCGUGCCCUGCUGAUAUCUACGACGGUCAGUUUGAUCUCUACAAGAUCGGAUCCGGAUUUGACACGAAAAAGGUGUCGUCUCCUGGAAACCGAGAAGAUGAACCUGAGUUUGGACUGCAGGGCGCUGAAACUGGCGACCGUCGUCUCACCCAAAAUAAUGGUGCAUCAGACUUACGCACAGCUCACUCCUCUGACUUCUUCAGCGGACAGCGAGAGCGAGGCCGUGACGAAUCUGCUCCGCCUUCAUCGUCUUCCCGCCAGUCUUUCCGAAGGGCAUCCACUCAAAGAACUACAUAUCCAUCAUCCCAAUAUACAACCCCAUCUCCAUCAUCUCCUCAAUAUUCCAGCACUCCAGCAGUCCAGCAAUACGAUGUUCCAAAAAGAAAAGUAUUCCGAAAACGACCUCACUAUAUAUCAACACCUGUCCCCACCACAACAACAACCGUAGCACAACCUUCAUUCCCUCCGUCGACUUAUUCCCCACAAGACUAUUUCAUUCGUCGAAAUCCCCCUCAAAACAAAGAAGUACCAACAACAACUGUGAACAUUCCACCUCAGUACAAAGAUGAAUAUGUUGAAGUAAGCAGAGUUACACCAAAGCAAAAUAAAUAUUUCUCUAACAGCCCAUCCACCACACCUUACACAUUUUUAACCCAAACAACACCCGAAAAUAAGAAUGAAGGCCUUGUUGAAUUAUACAAUUAUAACGGUGUAAAUCCAGAUAAUAAAGGAAAUCAAGAAUCAUUUAAAGUCCGAAAUAGCUUUAACGUACAAUCAGAUGUCCCAAAGCAAACCGAUUUCUCUAGAACAAAAAAUUACAAUCAAAAUUAUAACCGAGGCACGCCUGGCUAUUCUACCAAUUACCCAACGACAACAGUCGAUUAUAAUUCCGCGAGAGGAAUCGUAACAAGCACGCCUGCUUAUAGAAACUUCAACAGUGUCUCCUAUGAGUCAGAAAAAAAUAAUUUUGUAUCUUUUCCUGACGCCAAGCAAAAUUAUUAUAAUAACCCCACGACUACAUCCUCCCCUACCACCUCUUAUAGGACUUCCCGACCUGAUUCCUUUUCUAAUUUCAACACCAUCGCAUAUAAUACGAAUAAUGCACUCAAUACACAGUCAUCGAAUUAUGCAAACAGUCAGGAAGAUGAUGGACAAUAUCGACCACCACAAGGUGAAGACGAUGGCCAAUACAGACCGGAACUCUACGAAAGGGAAUCGGAGUUACUAUCCGGCGCUCAUUCUCUAAACAUUGCAGCAAGCGGCAACAGGUUACCUGAUGAUCAAAAACGACCAGAGAAGGUACGAUCUCAAAAGCAAUUCGGAAAAGUAUCAACACCACGACCGUUCAGACCAGCUCCAUCAGUUACAACGGUAGAAAAUCAGCAACCCGUAGAAAUAUAUACAAGCACCGCACGCCCUUACUCUGAACAAACACAAAGAACUUUUGAUUACUAUCAGACUUACACGACAACGUCAAGACCUUACGAAGCGCCCUCCGCUCCUGCCUCAAAAGCAGUUUCAGUAAAUAACGCCGCUCCAAGGGUUACACCAACUAUUGCUCCCAAUAAACCUGAAUCUUAUUCGAGCUAUGAGACCGUCCCACAAAACUUGCCGUCUUCGUCCCCAAGACCUAAACAUGUCCCACAUAUUCCUAAUCGUCCCAGCAAAGAGGACUCCAGCAGUUAUGAUUAUGCGUAUUACGACUCUGAUCCUGACCGGUUAACCGAGUAUGACCUAUUAGAGGAAUUUGGUAGAACUAACUCUAGAGGAUAACAAAUUCAAUCAUGCUUACUCCUUCACUGCCAUUAAAUUAGUCUCUGGAUAAGCCAUUAGGAUAAUAAGUUCAUGCUUUGUAUUUAUUAUAUCAAUGUUAAUCAGAUUUUUAUUUUUGUAAAUAAUUAUUUCAUUUUUUUUAUUUUUCGACUGAAAUAUGCCAGUAUAAUGAGAAUGUAAACGGAAAAACUUUAUUAAAGAGCUAUAACUUUUACCUUUUUUAUAGAGGCUUAUCCUAAUAAUUCUUAUACUAAAUUAUUGUGUGAUAUUUAGACUUUCGUGCUUGAUUAGGUUUAAGAUUAUAUAGUAUAGUUUUUUAAAUAAUUUAAUUGUCAUUAAAGUUCAUUUCGGUUUUGUCAUUUAAUGACUUCAUGCGCUAAAUUGUUAGAAUUAAUGAAGUACAAUGUGAACUAAGCAAAGUAUUGUAAAAUAUUACACUGUAAAUAAAGUUUUAUAAAGACAA